AUGAGCGAUCAAGCUGCUGGAGUCGCCUCGGAUGCGACUGAGCGGUGUGCUAUCGGUAUCUCCUUUGGCAACUCCAACAGUUCCAUCGCUUAUACCUCGCCUGAUGGAAAAGCAGAAGUUAUCGCGAACGAAGAUGGAGAUCGCCAUAUCCCUUCUAUAAUCUCGUAUGUUGAUGGUGAUGAAUACCAUGGCACACAAGCCAAAUCUCAGAUUGUCCGACAUCCGGCCGACACCAUCGCCUACUUCAGAGAUUAUCUUGGAAAAGAGUUCAAAUCGAUAGAUCCUACGCCGUGCCAUCAAUCAGCUCACCCACAACAGCAUGAGUCCACUGUCGCUUUCACCGUUCAAGAAGGCACCGAAGAGGAGAAAAGCACGCUUACUGUGUCUGAAGUUACGAUUCGACAUCUUAGUCGCCUAAAAAACUCCGCCUCUGAAUAUAUUGGCAAACAAGUCAAUGCCGCCGUCAUCACUGUCCCCACAAAUUUCACCGAUACGCAGCGAUCCGCAUUGAUGGAAGCUGCGAAAGGAGCUGGUAUAGAGGUUCUCCAGUUCAUCCAUGAGCCAGUUGCUGCCGUCGUAGCAUACGAUGCUCGACCUGAGGCUGUUGUCACCGACAAGCUUGUUGUUGUUGCUGAUUUGGGUGGCACUCGAUCUGACGUUACUGUUAUCGCGUCCAGAGGUGGCAUGUAUACCAUCUUAGCUACUGCCCAUGAUUACGAACUAGGAGGUGCCCAGUUGGACCAGGUCCUCAUUGACCACUUCGCUAAGGAGUUCAUUAAGAAGCAUAAAAUAGAUCCUAGGGAAGAAGCUCGAAGCUUGGCUAAGCUAAAGCUCGAGGCCGAAGCGACAAAGAAGGCUCUUAGUAUUGGUACAAACGCUUCUUUGAGCAUCGAAAGUCUUGCUAACGGUAUCGACUUUACCUCUAACGUUAACCGUUUAAGAUACGAACUUCUCUCCGGAAAGGUCUUUGGAAGCUUCACCGACCUCAUCAAGCAGGCAGUCCAGAAAGCCGAGCUUGAUCUCCUUGAUAUUGACGAGGUCAUUCUCUGUGGUGGAACAUCACAUACUCCAAAGAUUGCUCGUCUUGUCCAGUCUCUAUUCCCUGAGACCACAACUGUCCUUGCACCAGCUACCUCGCCGACCGCCAUUCACCCCUCCGAUGUGGCUGUCAGGGGUGCCGCCAUUCAGGCUUCUCUCAUUGAGGAAUUUGAAAUGGCUGACAUCGAGCAAUCCACACACCCAAUGGUCACUGUUACCGCUCACCUUACCAAGGCCAUUGGAGUCCAGCUCGUUUCUUCUGACGAGGCCAAUUGUAUAUUUAGGCCACUUUUAAACACUGAGACUGCCCUCCCAGCCCGUCGAUCUGCUCAAUACCCUGCUCCAAAGGACGGUGGUGACGUUCUCGUCCGUAUUUGCGAAGGAACUCGUGAAAUUAAGGUCACAAAGGUUGAGCCUAAGCCCAAAGCCGAGGAUGAAGAUGAGGACGAUGAUGAUGAUGACGAUGAUGAUGAUGACGAUGACGAGGAAGAUGAGGAGGGAGAAGUCCGUGAAAUCGCAUGGAAUGUCUCUAAGCCUAUUGCAGAGUUUGCUAUACGCGAUGUUAAGCCUCAGGGCAAGAUUGAAGUUAUGGUCAGCGUUAACGAACAGCUUGCUGUCCAGGUAACUGCUCGUGAGAUCGGUGGAAAGGGAGGAGUUCGUGGUGCUGUGGAACCUCCCCAGUAG